CUCCGUCUCUUCUUCUUCUCUAGUCACCGCGACGGCCACCCCACCUCCCUCGCCACGCCCACGCGCAAGCUCACCGCCGCAACCCCCACCCAAACGGCUAUAAUUACGCCCCCCAUGAUCUCCUCCCUCAUCGACCUCCCUCCCUCCUCUCCGCUCCACGCACCGUCCCUCCUCGGCGCACGCGGCCGGCUAGCCAGCCAGCCCGCCCACCCACCCACCGGCGAUCGCCGGGGAGAGGGCGUGCUCCGGCGGUAGCCCGACCGACCGGCGCGGCGGGCGCACCACCAUUGGCAGCGGGGCCGCGGGCGGGAGCUUAGCGCGUCCCCCCUUUUUGCUGACCCGCUGCUCCGCCUCCGCGCGUCCUUUGCCGCGACGGCGAUGGAGGCCGGCGGGUACUACGGCUACAAGAAGAACGACGGCGGCAUCUGCGGGGGCGUCUGCGGCGGCGGCAGCGAGCAUGGUUCAAAGGGGGUUCUGAGCAUGUCAAGGUUGAAGUGUGCACUUCGGCGGUUUGAUUUUAGGGCACUUCUAAUCCUCUUGAUCGGUGUGCCAACUCUAAUAUUUAUUAUAUAUGUUCAUGGUCAGAAGGUGACUUACUUUCUUCGACCGAUCUGGGAAAAGCCCCCAAAGCCCUUCAAUGUGCUACCUCACUACUACCAUGAAAAUGUCUCGAUGGCAAACCUAUGCAAGUUGCAUGGAUGGAAAGUGAGGGAAACACCACGCCGUGUUUUUGAUGCUGUGCUUUUCAGCAAUGAGCUUGAUAUUCUUGAUAUCCGUUGGCAUGAGCUUAGCCCUUAUGUGUCAGAAUUUGUGCUUCUUGAGUCCAACUCAACCUUCACUGGCCUGAAAAAGGAUCUCCAUUUCAAGGAAAGCCGCCAACGUUUUGAAUUUGCUGAAUCACGGUUGACCUAUGGUAUGAUAGGUGGAAGGUUUGUGAAGGGGGAGAACCCAUUUGUGGAGGAGUCAUAUCAAAGGGUUGCUCUUGAUCAGCUCAUCAAAAUUGCUGGAAUCGCAGAUGAUGACCUUUUGAUCAUGUCUGAUGUUGAUGAGAUUCCAAGUGGGCAUACCAUCAACCUCUUGAGAUGGUGCGAUGACACUCCUGAGGUGCUUCAUCUCCAGCUCAGGAACUAUCUUUACUCAUUUCAAUUUCUCCUUGACGACAAGAGUUGGAGGGCAUCAAUACACAGAUACCGGGCUGGAAAGACGAGGUAUGCACAUUUCCGACAAACAGAUGACCUUCUAGCUGACUCAGGGUGGCACUGCAGCUUUUGCUUCCGGUACAUAAAUGAUUUCGUCUUCAAGAUGCAAGCUUAUAGCCAUGUUGACCGGAUUAGAUUUAAGUACUUCCUGAACCCCAAGAGGAUUCAGCAUGUGAUAUGCCAAGGAGCUGAUCUUUUCGACAUGCUUCCUGAAGAAUACACAUUCCAAGAGAUCAUUGCCAAGUUGGGGCCAAUCCCUAGCACAUUUUCGGCUGUUCAUCUUCCUGCAUAUCUGUUGGAGAAAAUGGACCAGUACCGGUAUCUUCUCCCGGGCAACUGCAUGCGGGAAAGUGGCUAGGGAUUACAAUUUGCAUCAUGACCUGAUGAGCAUGGACAUUGCGGAUAUCUCUUUGGAGAGCACCGCGCCACAGCGGUUGUACCUGAUACGAUUUGUGCUGACUUAGUUGAGCGACCAGUUGAGCGGUUGGUUUGAGUUCAUAGUUUUGUAGCGUGUAAUUGGAAGGCCUAACAGCAUAGCGCAUGCUUAGGGUGCUGCGUGCUUUGUUUUCAUAGGGAGCUCGGCAGAGUGUGGUGUGUGCUUGCUUACCACCUGAGUUUAUUCAUUUGCCUCCAUGAUUGAUAUAUGAACUCAAACUAGUAUUGUACAUUGUGAACUGAGUGACACUAGAUCUGGUCCAACCUCAUGUUGUACAUUGCCAUUUUAGUACUUACCACUGAGAUACUAUCAUUUUCUCUUCUUUA